ACGUUUUACCAAUGUAGCUACAUCCAGCCAGGGGACUGUUGGUUUUAUUUUUAUUUUCACAUUUUCCCGCAGAGACAUUAUUCAUAGAACCACGACCUCCCAAUGUGCUACCAAGUCAGCCAAAUAGCAUCGUGUAGUGCUUGUAAUGGAAGGCAUGACGUUAACAUGUAGACAAUACUAUACAUGGUCCAUGAAUAUCUACUGAUUAGUUGACAUUGGAGAUUACUACACGUGGCGUACAGUCUUUCUGGCUUUGUUAUUACAAUAUUUAAUGGGGAAUACACAUUCGGCAUGUGGUUUUAGUGUUGUACUGUAGGCCUGUAUCUAGUUUCGUUUCCUGUCACACAUUCCCCGGAAACAAUCCAAUAAUUAUGUGUUAGACGCAGUAGCUGGGCAUUGUUGGGGCAUUUGUAAGAUGAAUAACCAGUUAUUCCGCUUGUAGGAUAUGAAUACACCCCAUUUACUGCUCGAGACCUAAUGGCAUAAUAUAUAUUGCACUUAAAUUAAAGUCUAGUAAAUGUCAUCAUUAAUCCUAACGCGUGUCUGUAACAUCAAAGAUCAGUAAUGGUACGUAUUUAAGAGGUAAACUAACAGAAUUCCUCUAGCUGUCCGUGAUGCACUUUGUGCCACAAGAGGGUGUUACAACAUAGCUCUAUCAUGUACAUAAACCUGUAGUAUAAACUGUCAAUCUGUGUAGUUCAGAUGGCAUUACAACACAUCUUAAAUGGAGGACGCUAAAACAUACGUUUUGAAUACAUCAUUUUAAAUAAUAUUCUUGGCCCUCUGAAGUUCAGUUAGUUUAAGGGGUCUACCAUAUAAUUAAUAUAGCGUUGCACUAACCGCAGUACAUGUUCACUUAAAUAACUACACAUUUAGGAAGGUGAUUCCAAAUUCAACCAAGCCUAUACAUUGGGUUGCUCAUUUAUCUGCAUGAUACAAUAUGUAACACUUAUUUUUUUUCCACUUUAUCAGUUCAGCAUUGCAAUCCACCAUGGACUUCAAUCCAAGUUGUGUGUGACACUAUUUGCCUAAAGAUGGUCUAAAGUAGUAUUGACCUUUUAAAUAGUUUACACAUUUAUCUUUUUCUCAGCAUGAUAGUCGAUUCAGCGCAAAGGAUCACUGCCUUCUAGGAAGUAGGUUGGUAGCACAUGGUUACUGCGUACUGAGGACAGAAAAUCAGCAAAUCUACAUGGCGCCUAGUACCCUUGUUGACAUGGUAGCUAAACUGUGGUCUUUAACAGGGGUUUGGUUUUAACUUAUUUGUUAAGAACUGAGGCUGGCGCUAAUCUUUUCGUCUGUACCGUUUAGCCUCUCGGGUGUGUGUGUGUGUGUGUGUGUGUGUAUGUAUAUGUGUGCGUGUGUCAGUUAAUAGAGAGGUUGAGGCAGUGUUCAGUUUCAUCAUGCUGUUUAUUUCCCCACUGCCCAGUAUGUGUUGAGCAAGGGCGGGGCAGAACUCUGCGUGUGUGUAGCCGUGUUUGUCUGCUUGUGGAUGUUUCCAGGCUGCUGUCAGGCACAUUGAGUCUCUACAGGGGAAUCGUGCCUUGCCUUUCCCUUUAGCAUUCCUUCUGUCUUCUACCUUGUAUUCCAUUUUUACUCAGAAUUUCCAAGAAGCCCUGGCCUUUUUGGCUUUCUUUCAAGCUGCAUAUUCUUACCUUUGGUCUGUAUGAGCUAUAUCAUAAGCUGUUUCAUGACCGCUGCCUCUGUUCUUUUUCAGCAAGAUAUUGUGACAGGGACUGUCACUGAUAGACGAGCCAUGCUUGGUGCUUUUCUGUGUGUUUAAGAGUGUGUGCGUGUGUUGAGGCCUGGACUGGGAAGGUCUAGCUCUAACCUGUUGCUAUUAAUAUCGCCUAACGAACAUAAUCUGGAGGAUAGGUUAUCCUCUUACAUUUGUUGGCUAGUCUACCAGGGGGAGGGCUGGACAUGCAAAGAGGGCGAGCCCGUAGCAGUUUCGUUUCCAAACUUACUGGUCAGCGUUGAUAGUUCUUUAUCUCUCCCUCUCUCUCUCCCGCUCUCUCGCUCGUUGGUGCUUAAUUGACAGAAUAGAAACCAAAACAUAGUUGAGUUAUGUUUCUUCUCUCUCUCCUCCCCUCUUUCAAUGACUAAAUAGUUUUACUAGUCGAGUAGGGGUAGAACGUGCCUGAGUAUGUGUACAUGAUGUGUGCUUACUUGCAAUAAUAAUAGUUUAAAUAAAGUCUACAGUGGAAAGCCAGUUGUAUCAAGUUAUGAACAAUCUACUAGCCUAUUCAGGAGCUAGAAUAUCUGCCUGUUGGAACCUCGGGUAAGUGGCUUACAUUUUUGUAUGUUUGCACCAUCAUGUUUUCAUGAUCUUAUUAUUAUAUAUAUUUUUAUGUUAAGGCUCAAGUCCUCCUGUGUCUCUCGACUUUAAACAUGUGGUAAGACGGGAGUAGAAAGAACUACAUAGGCUUAUAAGAGAAUAGAUAAUUAGGUGGAUGAUAUACAGUAUCUGUUAGACAGUAUCUGUGCCUCAUCCAUUUUAUUGUGGUAAUGACCAUAGUUCCACCGCAUAGCGACAAUUUAGGUAGUGUUGUUCUCUUAUGUGUUGCUACUGAGCGUGGGUUUCCCACAGAGUGAACUCCUCUCUAUUCAAUUAUUAUUGUUAUAACUUACUCUAUACAAUAUCAUCUGAUGGACGGAGAUGGCAAAUGGUUUCCACAUACUUAAGAGGCUUUUCGUUUUCAUCCUUUUGUUUUGAACUGCCCUUCUGUAUUUUCUUUUGCAAAAAAAGUCCUUUCCCAGCUGGUUGGCUUUUUAGUAGUGCACCCAGUUCUGUCGCUGCCACCGUAGGACAAAGGCAUGGUUUAGCCAUGCUCACGUGCACAUUUGUGCUUAUCUUUUAACAUGGAUCGUCUCUGAUAACCCAGAGAGAGGAUACAGUGCAACACUGUACUCUAGCACUGUAUAAGAUCCUAUCAAUUCCAGCCCUUGCCAUAAAAGAUAAGAGUUCACGAGCGAGAGCUCCUAUCUAUCUAUCGCUCUCUUUCUCUUUGCUUUUUAUUUCACCUUCAAACCUGCCUUGGAACUCCACCUGUUGGGCUUGAUUGGCCAGUGAGACGAGGAAUCACCACACAGAGCUGUGACAGAGAUUCAAUAAGAGUUGCGGUUUAGGGUUCACUGUCGGGACACAUCGAGGGAGAGAAACAUAUGGUAUUCCACUCAUCCCGCUCCUACUCUUAAGAAUGGACCAGAUCACCCGCUUAAUGCACGGCGGUGGCGGCGAAGGCUCUGGUCUGGACCGGCUACUCCCCACGGUGAGCACCGGCCUGUCGCCGAGGAAGCGGACCACCAGCCAAUGCAAGUCGGAGCCCCCUCUCCUGCGCACCUCCAAGCGGACCAUAUACACCGCGGGCCGCCCGCCCUGGUACAACGAGCACGGUGCCCAGUCCAAGGAGGCCUUCGUCAUCGGCCUGUGUGGAGGAAGCGCAUCAGGGAAGACCACAGUGGCCAGGAAGAUUAUCGAGGCCCUUGAUGUCCCUUGGGUUGUCCUACUGUCCAUGGACUCCUUCUACAAGGUCCUGUCCAAAGAUGAGCAGAACCUGGCUGCCGAUAACAACUACAACUUUGAUCACCCAGACGCCUUUGACUUUGACCUGCUGACACACACGCUGCGCAAACUCAAACUGGGCAAGAGUGUGAAAAUCCCUGUGUACGACUUUACGACUCACGGGCGACAGAAGGAGUGGAAAACGGUGUAUGGCGCGAGCGUUGUCAUCUUCGAGGGGAUCAUGUCCUUUGCAGAUAAAGAACUGCUGCAGCUGCUGGACAUGAAGAUCUUUGUGGACACGGACUCGGACAUCCGCCUGGUGCGCCGGCUGCGGAGGGACAUCACGGAGCGGGGGCGGGACAUCGGGGGCGUCAUCAAGCAGUACAACAAGUAUGUGAAGCCCGCCUUCGACCAGUACAUCGAGCCCACCAUGCGGUUGGCAGACAUCGUCGUACCGCGAGGUGGUGGCAACAUGGUGGCCAUUGACUUGAUUGUGCAGCAUGUCCACAGCCAACUGGAAGAGAGGAAACUACGCUGGGAUAUGGCAGCUCUGGCCUCGGCCCACCAGGCCCAGCCCCUCCCGCAGACCCUCAGUGUCCUGGAGAGCACCCCCCAGGUCCGGGGGAUGCACACCAUCAUCAGAAACAAGGAGACGAGCCGUGACGAGUUCAUCUUCUACUCCAAGAGGUUGAUGCGGUUGCUGAUCGAGCGGGCGCUGUCCUUCCUCCCCUCUCAGUCCCACACCGUCCAGACGCCCCAGGGAGAGGACUACGAGGGCAGGUCCUUCGACGGAAAGAGGGUGACGGGUGUGUCCAUCCUGCGGGCCGGGGAGACCAUGGAGCCAGCCCUGAGGGCGGUCUGCAAGGACGUCCGCAUUGGCAAGAUCCUCAUCCAGACCAACCAGGACACGGGGGAGCCAGAGCUCCACUACCUGCGGCUGCCCAGGGAGAUUGGGGAGGACCACGUGAUCCUGAUGGACUGCACCGUCUCCACGGGCGCUGCCGCCAUGAUGGCCGUCAGAGUUCUGCUGGACCAUGACGUCCAGGAGGAUAAGAUCCUGCUGGUGUCCCUGCUCAUGGCGGAGAUGGGAGUCCACUCCGUGGCCUACGCCUUCCCCCAGGUCCAGAUCAUCACCACAGCGGUGGACAAGGAGGUCAACGAUCUGUUCCACAUCAUCCCCGGCAUCGGUAACUUUGGGGAUAGAUAUUUCGGUACCGACGCGCCCCCGGAUUGGAGCGACGACGAGAUGGAUGAGCCCAGUUACUGAUUGUCUGGCAGUGAGAGCACCGGCUGACUCACUGUCUGGAAUGGCACUGAGCGACUGUCUGCCAGUGAACUACUGUAACCUGCCCCGGUGAUUCAGCAAGAUGACGUUUUGAGGACAAUGUUUCAAAAAAAUCCCAUAGUGGCCGCACUGGGCGCUAACAUGAAUCCUUUGCUGUCAGGGGCCAAUACUGACGAGGUGAUCUUCAUAUGAGUGCCCCAGAAACGUUUGUAGACACAAAGAAGGUUUCUGAAUGUAUAUUAUUUUGUAUUGAGAUUUGUUUGAAUCUUUGUUUAUUUGUAUUUUAUUUUGUGGACCGUUAAAAAGCGCUGUCUUUGUUCUAUAGAGUUACAAAGUAUGUGCACCUGUUGCCAAAUGUAUUCUUUGCAAAAUGUCAUUUUAUUAUCUAAAUUAGUACAAUUAUUUUAAAGGGGGUAUCAAGCUUUAAGUCGUGCAGUAUGGAAGGAUACACUUGCAUGCACUAUCAAAAACACAGCCAUGUGUGGGCUAAAGACUUGCUGUAAUACUGUUUUCUUCUAAUGGCUACAUGCAAUCCUCAGACUGUUCAACAAUGGGGUUUUUUUUUACCUGCUUUUUUCUCUUUAAUGUGCACAUACAUUCUUCAUAGAGGUCAAGCCUGUUUUUGGCCAUUUGUUUUUUUUAUGCCGUGACUUGGCUAUUGCUCUAGUAUUCACUUAGCAGUGUUCUUUUGUCCACUUCCAUUUUUAAUCUAUGGAUCUGGUCUGGUCCUGUCAGCAUGGUCAUAUAUCAGCAGGUGAGUAGGGAAUUGGCAUUUUCAACAGAAAAGCAACCACACACAUGAUUGAUACCGCUUUAUCCAAUUUGUUUGACCUGAUUUAUCAUAAUUUAACUGAAUUGUAUAAAGUACAGAGAAGUGCUUGGGUAGUUAAAAUUAUUUUUAAAUUGCCAGGGACUGAAAUGCCUUUGAAUUACAAACGGUAUGACUUGAAUUAUUAAUUGGUUCCAAAAAUCCCUCAAGUGCUAUAACGUAAUGUGGUGAGGAUAAUGAUUUCACUGUGACAGUGAAGAACCCUAAUUUAAAAAAAAAAAUUGUGACAAUGGCAAUGCAUAACCAAAGCAGAUUGAAAGGUGAGAUAAUAUGUAUAGAUGCAUGCUUCUCAGCAGAUAUUCUCGUGAUGGCUAGGUUAGGUGGCUCCUCGGUUAUGCAAAUUGGUUUUAACACGUUACCUAUACGUUAACUAUAGUUGCUUAAAUAAGGGUAACUUGUAUUAUUGUUAUUAUUAUGUUAAUAUGAUUUUCUGAAGAUGUUUGCUUUGUGCUGCUUACUGUAGUGUAUAGUCUACUUCAGAUAACUGCAAUAUGUUUAUUUAUCGAGAGAGUUUAGUUUGUUCCUUCAUUUUUAAGAUAAAUAAAGAAACCCCUGUUGUAUUUAUAUUUUAAUCAUUUUGAAAAAUUGAAGCUUCAUGUAUUAAUAUAUUGUUUUGAAAUUCCAGUUAAUGCUCAAUAAAACAAUCACUACUUUAUUUACUCUUUAUUCCCUUUAUUCAUGGUGAUAUUUUGAUCCCUGUUUAACUUUACAACAGAAAAAUUAGGAUGAUUGGACAAAAUACUGUAUCCGACAAAGUCAUACUUAUCCCAACUAACAAAUACAACAAACUGAAGCCAAUUCGACUCUUUGAUAACCGUGUGGUCCAACCAAAGCUUUGUCACAGGGACCUCGUAUCACUAUCAACUGAGUACGCUCAAUAAAACAAGUCCCAUCAGUCAUGAAAACCGAUGUGAUCUGUAUUAUUUCAAUGGAUAGUAAUUGUCUACAUCUUUAAAAAUAACAGGAUUCGUGCUUGGCUGGCCUCAGCUCAUGGAAAGUAACCUUGAUAACCAUCUAACUGCUUUUUUUUUUCUCAUCACACUAGCUGUUGAAAAAACUGCCAAGGUAGCAUUAUUGACACACUU